AUGACUGGCCCGUGGCUAUUCGCCCAAUGGGAACUCGAUCUCAUCGGCCCCUUGCCGCAAGGCACGGGUCAGCUUAAGUUUGCAGUCGUGGCCGUUGAUUACUUCACCAAAUGGACUGAGGCUGAAGCCCUCGCAACAAUAACGGCAACCAAGAUCGAACACUUUGUAUGGAAAAACAUCCUAUGCCGAUUCAACCUACCAAACGCCAUCGUAAGAAGCUGGGAGCCGCCAAGGGCAAUUGGCCUUCCACACUACCGGAAGCACUAUGGGCCAUCAAUACCUCCUACCGCAGGUCAACUGGCGAGACACCGUUCUCCCUAG